AUGGACUCGGACACAAUGGCCAGAAACAAGAACAAGAAGGGCCAAGGCCAAGGCGCCGCCGGCAACCAGAACCAGCCGGGCAAUAGCAGCAAGCCCGAGGAGACGAAGCCUGAGGAGCAGCAGCAGUCUUCCCUAGACCAAAAGACGGAAGAGCAGAAGCCCGAAGGUACCACACCGGUCGGGGAGUUCGGUAACCCCGCAGAAGGCGAGGGUGCCCCCACCACCGAUGAGAAGAAGGCCGAAGAUAGUAAGCCGGAAGACGCGGCUGCCAAGACGGACGACAAGACACAACAAGAAGAUGAGAAGAAGCCCGGCGACGACGUGAAGCCCGAAGAUGCUGCCGCCGGCGCCGACACCCAGUCAAAAGACAAGAAGCCUGAGACGGAAGAGCAAAAGCCCGUUGGGCAAGAGACCACGGACAAGAAGCAGGCCUCGUCAAACCAGGCCGGCGUCGAAGACGAAGCGGAGCCAGAGUCCGUUGUCGACAACGACAAGAAGCCCGCCGUAGGAGGCAAGGAGCAGGAGCAAGCAGAGCCCGCAAAGGUACGCUCCCGCGACUCUGGCCGCACAGAACGAGAAGCUGACCUCGAGGAGCCCACUGAACUCCAAGACGACGAGGAAGGUGAGGGCGAGUACUACGACGACGACGAGGAGUUUGAAGAAGGCGAGGACGGCGAGGUCUACGACGACGACGAGUACUACUCUGGCGACUCGCAAGACGAAGGCGAGUACGACGAUGAUGAGGACUACGACUCCCAAGAGGAGGAAGAAGAGGACGACGGUGGCAACUACACGACUGCGCAAAAGGGCGGCAACCAGAACCAGCAGAUGAUGCAGCGCCAGCGCCAGCAGCAGAUGCAGCAGCAGCAACAACAGCAGAUGAUGAUGCAGCAACAGCAGCAGCAGCAGAUGCAGGGCGGCGGCGGCGGCGCGGGCAAGAACCCGCUCAAGCUGAGGCUUGACCUGAACUUGGAUAUUGAGAUUACGCUCAAGGCCAAGAUCCACGGUGAUUUGACGCUGGCAUUGCUGUGA